UCCCAAUUUCUUUUGUUGAACUUUUCUUCUUUGAGAGCACAAACAUAAGUUUGUUUCACCAUUAAUGGCUUCCUUUCAAUUGCAGUCUCUAGGAGAUUAGAGAGUUAGAGAAUUAAACAGAUAUAGAUAGAGCUUUCAAGGUUGUCUUCAAUGGCACAGAAGCAAGGAGAGCAUCAGAUUUCUUUUGGGAUGGCUCAACCUUCUUCUUCUUCAAUUCAUCCAAACUUCAUGAUCAGCAAAGAGAGCAAUGGUGCAUAUGACUUGGGGGAGUUGGAUCAAGCUCUAUUUCUUUACCUUGAUGCUCAAGAGCAAAGAGUUGCAGCUUCAGGAGAGUUAAUGCCAGAAACUCUGAAUAUCUUCCCUUCUCAACCAAUGCAUGAAGAGCCAUCUAUGAAAAAGAGUUCAAAGAGUGCUAGUGAUCCUCAAGCUUCUUCUGAGAUAGCAAACGAUGUGAAGCCAUUGGUGAAGAGAAAAAAUAUUACAUCAAGCUCAGACCAUGAAGGGCCAAAAACACCAGAUCCAAAGACAUUGAGAAGGCUUGCACAAAAUAGAGAAGCGGCCAGGAAAAGCAGACUCAGAAAGAAGGCAUAUGUUCAACAACUUGAGUGCAGUAGGAUUAAACUAGCACAAAUAGAACAAGAGCUGCAAAGGUCAAGAGCACAGGGUCUGUUCUUCGGUGCCGAAGGGCUUAUCGGUGAGCACGGGCUCCACCCUGGCUUUGGCAAUCUUAGCUCAGAUCCGGCAAUGUUUGAUAUGGAGUAUGCUCGGUGGCUUGAAGAGCAUCACCGGAGAAUGUGUGAGUUGAGAGCGGCGGUGGAUGAGCACAUGCAGGAGAAUGAGCUGCAAAUUUAUGUCGGACACUGUCUCGCUCACUAUGAUGAGGUGAUGAACCUCAAAAAUAUCGCCAUCAAAACCGAUGUCUUUCAUUUACUCUCCGGCGUGUGGAUGGCUCCAGCCGAGCGAUGCUUCAUGUGGUUGGGAGGAUUCCGGCCUUCGAAAAUCAUCAAGAUUAUCAUGAGCAAUUUGGAGCCAUUAACAGAGCAACAACUAAUACAAAUAUACAACCUACAACAAAUGGCACAAGAGAAUGAAGAAGCUCUAAGUCAAGGACUUGAAUCCCUUCAACAAUCACUAUCAAACACCAUUCUCUCUGAAGCUUUGAGCUUCCCAUCAAACAUGGCUGAUUACAUGGACCAAAUGGCCAUGGCAAUGAACAAGCUCUCCUCCCUUGAGACCUUUGUUAAACAAGCAGAUAGUUUGAGGCAGCAAACAUUGCAUAGGUUAAACCAGAUCUUGACAAGUCGGCAAAUGGCUCGCUGCUUGCUCAUUAUCGCUGAGUAUUUUCAUCGUCUUCGAGCUCUUAGUUCUCUCUGGCUUUCUAGACCUAGGCAGGAAUGAGAGAGAUUUCUCUCAAGUUUUUCUAGAUUUACAAAUAGACGUUUUGAGAUGAACAUUAGGACUUAGCAGUUAAUGAAGGAAACAAGAAUAUGACAGACAAUGACAGUAUGAAGUUUCUUCUUCUUCUUCUUCUUCUUCCUUUUUUUUUCAAGUAUGAAGAACAAUGUGAAGCUGAACAAAACGUGUAUGAGAGAGGUGAUGAAUGUUGAUGCUCUCUUUCUCUUUCACAUUUAUCUCUUUGUAUUAUCUCUUUGUUUCACAUUUAUCUCUCUCUUUCACUGUUAUAUAUA